AUGGAGAAGCUGGAAUCAACGGUGCUGGCAAUAGGUCAGACAUUUCAGACCACUGCUCAUCUAGCUAACCUUUUACCUACAGGGACAGUCCUCGCGUACCAGGUCUUAUCGCCGCUUCUCACAAACGGUGGACACUGCGAUUUAGCAAGCAGAUUCAUGACAGAAAUGCUAGUUUGCAUCUGCGGACUCUCUUGUUUCAUACUUACCUUCACUGAUUCUUACAAGGACUUGAAUGGAAAUGUCUGCUAUGGAUUUGCCACAUCCAAUGGUUUCUGGAUAAUCGAUGGUCAAGCUGUUCUUCCUCGAGAACGCUCCCAAAGCUACAGACUGCAGUUUAUAGACUUCGCGCAUGCCAUUAUGUCGGUUCUGGUGUUUGGAGCCGUGGCUAUGUUUGAUCAGAAUGUGAUCCACUGUUUCAUCCCCGAACCAUCAGCUGAAGCAACGGAGCUUCUCACAGUUUUGCCCAUAGCUGUAGGAGUCUUUUGCAGUAUGAUGUUCGCUAAGUUUCCUACUACACGCCAUGGUAUCGGUUUUCCCCUCUCUGCUAAGUGCUAA